AUGUCUAUCCUCCGAGGGCGUUUGCGGACGAAGUGGAAGACGAAAGUGCGGAAGGAGUCUGGGGGGUACCUGAUCCCGCUGGACGAAAAAGUGAGCGGUGCAUUCGUCCUGAAGAAGCGGGAUGGCUGUUCUGGAGGUGACGAACCCCCUAAAGAUAAGGCCACCAAAAAGCCUGUGGCUCGCAAACAAGGAAACAAUCGAGCACCCGGAGGCUACCUGUUUGGUCGUCACCCGGAAUGUGAUUUGAUGAUUGAUAUCCCUACAAUUUCUAAUCGACAUUUUCUUCUUUUUCCAGAGAAGAAGAAGGGCGAUAUGGUUGCUGUGCUGGAGGAUCUUUCCAGCAAUGGAACAUUCGUAAACGAUGCGAUUGUGGGUCGCAACAAGCAUCGUGAGCUCGAGGAUGGAGACGAAGUUUCCAUCUUGAACGAAGCACGAUUUGUCUUCCGCUAUCCUCGGACACGAGACACCAAUGGCUUCAGUCAACAGUACCGGAUUCUCCAGCAGCUAGGGAAAGGUCAUUUUGCUACCGUUUACCUCUGUGUUGAGAGGGCCACCGGGAAGCAGUUUGCUGUCAAGGUCUUUGAGAAACGACCGGGCGACUCACAGAAAACACAGACCGAUGACACCCUACAGCAGGAGAUUGCCCUUCUGAUGGGUGUCAACCAUCCCAAUCUCCUCUGCCUAAAGGAUAUCUUUGAUGAAAAUGAUGGAGCUUAUCUUGUUCUUGAACUGGCUCCCGAGGGUGAGCUGUUCAACUUGAUUGUGAGCAAGGAGAAGCUCAGUGAAGCCGAAACCCGGCAUGUGUUCCGGCAGCUUUUUGAAGGAUUGAAGUAUUUGGUAAAGACUCCCAAAGUCAUCAAACAAUGGAUAAACAUACGGCUAAGACCCCUUUUCAGCACGACCGUGGGAUUGUGCAUCGCGACAUCAAACCCGAGAACAUUCUUGUCGCAGACAAGAAACUGA